AUGUAUCAAGGUCGAGCUCAGGACAGUGGCUGGACUGGUAGUAGAGAUCGAGGCCGAGGCCGAGGUGGCGGAGACGGCGGUCGAGGAUCGUAUCGGAGCGGGCCCGGGGGUGCCAGUGGUGGCUUUCUGCCCAGCGUACUGAACCGCACCCAACGUACCCCGGUAGUUGUAAACACUAACUGUUUCGAGAUUACCAAGCUCCCAUCAAAAGAAUACUACUUAUAUGAUAUCAUCCGACCAGAGAGGAAAAGGUUUGAGGACCGUCAGUUGAUCAUAAAGAAGCUGCAGGGUACCGUCGCCCCGAUAAUAUUUAGUCCUCGCGCGCUCUAUGAUGGCAAUGCCCUCUUGUAUAGCUCACAUAUGCUUAGUCUAGCUGGCGGAGGCUCUGCUACGUUCAAUGUCGAUUCAUCAGACUCGAGGAGAGAAGCCAAGCCAGGAGCUCGUGGCGUCUAUACAGUGCAGCUGACGCUCACUAGUAGCGAUCCGAUUCGUCCCUCGGAUCUUGCUGUUGUUCUCCAGGGUGGUCGUCCGAACUCCAAAAGCAUGACAGCCACAAAUCUUCUGCAAUUACUCAUACGACAGGCACCUAACCAAAUGUACCCUCACAAUACGAAAGCAUACUUUACUGAGGUUCAUAAAAUGACUCUAGGAGAAGGACUGGAGUUAUGGAGAGGAUUUUUCCAGUCUGUACGACCGAAUAUUGGAAAAAUGCUGGUCAACAUUGAUACGACGAUGGCCGCAGUAUACCAGAGUGGACCUGUCAUCGAUUUAGCUCUGCAAUUCCUAGGUUAUCGUGACGUUAGACAGCUGGAUCUUCAAACAAAUACAGUAGACUUUCGAAAACUGGAGAAAUUCUUGAACAACAUCAAGGUCACUGUAAACACCCCAGGUUCCAAAAAUAGGACUAAGACUAUUCGUGGACUUGUCCCGAAUGCAGGGAAUUUUGUUUUCUCCAAAGACGGGCAGGAUAUGAGCGUAGGGGAGUACAUAGAGAUGGUGUCCAACAUCAAGAUCAAGUAUGGAUCAAUCGUUGGUGUUCGUCUAACUCCACCGAACGCAGAAAAAAUUGUCAUCGUCCCCCUUGAAAUAUGUCAGGUCAAGCCUGGUCAAUUCUACCGCCAGAGGCUCCCCGAUCGAUUCACAAAGAACGCGGUCACCUUCAGCACGCUCAAACCCGACAAGAGACUGGAUGCCAUUAUGGGCAAAGGUUCUGAACGUAUGCUGCCUUCGCCGAUAAAUGGGUAUCUGGAUUCUGAAUUUAUGAAGGAAGCGAGCAUGGAAGUGGGCACGCAGCCUAUACGAAUUCGUGGAGAACUACUCGCUUUACCCAAGGUCAUUUUCGGCAACCACUCAAGUGUUGAUCCACGUAACGGUAGUUGGAACGUUGCGAAACAAAAAUUUGCUAGACCAGCCUCCCUUCUCUGUUGGGGUAUCAUAACGUUUUCGCGAACGGUGAAUGGUCAUGGUGUUAGAAACCUUAUGUCCGACAUGACAAGAUGCUGCAACGAUCUCGGAAUGGAGAUGACACCCCCGGUGUUUACCAAAAAUGGUCCUGAUCAUGCUCCGGAACGAAUCCUUGACGAUGCCGAAUUUGCCCUCAAAUCAGCCUGGAAAAAUAUCAAUCCGGCCACAGUGGAAAAAAUCAAAGCAUCGAGGUUGCCAAAUCCGAAGCCUUUGAUUAUCGUCAUUCUACCUAAAAUGGCGCAAGAGUUGUGGCGGAAAGUCAAGCAUUGGUCUGAUGUUAGAACAGGAAUUCUUACCCAAUGCCUUCAAGACGAAAAAAUCAAGAAUGCAAACCUACAGUAUUGGGGGAAUGUCGCUGUCAAACUUAAUGCACGUCUUGGGGGAUACAAUUCUCUAGUCAAUUCACCGGCGAUGACCUCUCUUCAGAAAAAGAUGACGAUUGUGAUGGGUAACAGUGCAGAUGUAUCUCAUCCAGGACCCGGCGUUCAAAAGCCCUCAGUCGCCUCUCUCGUUGCCUCUCAUGAUGCCUAUGCGUCACGAUAUAUGGCAUUCACCCGGGUACAAAACCCUCGUCAAGAGUUCAUCCAAGAUCUCCAGGAAAUGGUGACAGAUUCAAUUAAGAAUUUUGCACAGCUCAAUGCGCUACCAGAACGAAUUGUAUUCUUCAGAGAUGGUGUUUCCGAAGGUGAAUUUGAGUCAAUCAGUGGAAGUGAAAUAUCUGCUAUUCGAGAGGGUGUUAGGGUUGUGAUGCGGGAAAAGGGUGUCAACCGUGAAAUGCCUAAGCUGACAUACAUCAUUGUUGGAAAACGGCACCAUAUAACUUUCUAUCCUGAAUCCGGAACUGAAGCAAAUGACGGGAGAGGCAACUGUAUCGCUGGUUUUGUCAAUAACAUCGAUGAUUUUUCUAAUCCCGUGACGGACGACUUCUACUUGCAGAGUCAUGGUGCUAUCCAAGGAACCUCUCGCUCGGCGCACUAUACCAUCAUGGUGGACGAGGUUUACGGCGGGAACCUACAGGAGAUCCAAGACAUUGCUUUCACGCUGUGCCACGUUUACGCUAAAGCUACGAGAAGCGUAUCUAUUCCUGCUCCGGUCUAUUGUGCGACUUAUCCGUUCUUUCCAUUGCUCUUGCGCUAA